CUUCUUCUAAACUCUCUCUUGUGUCUUCUUUUUUCUUCUUCUUUCUUCACAUUUCAAAGCUUUUGAGAUCUUUCUGUGUGUAAUGGCUGAGGAUUUUGAGAGAGCGGUUGAUGACGGACUGAAGCUGUCGAAGCGCAUAUACUUAGGGAAGGACAGGGCUGUGGCGCCGCCGAAACCGCCGGCGUCGAUGGAGAGGUCGUCGGCGAAUGCGCUUCUUCCUACGGCGCCAAUGGUUUACGCGGUGAUCUAUGAUCCAAAGAUCGUGGAUAACCCUGAUAUCCCGAGCUACCAGCCGCACGUAUAUGGAAGGUGCGACCCUCCGGCGCUGAUUCCGCUUCAGAUGAAAGGGAUUGAGAUGGAUGUUGAUUGUUAUUUGGACACUGCCUUUGUCACCGUCUCUGGCUCUUGGAGACUCCACUGCGUUAUGGGUAGUCGCGCCUGUGAUUGCCGUAUUGCUAUUCCUAUGGGUCACCAGGGUUCAAUUCUAGGUGUUGAGGUCAGUGUUCCUGGAAAAUCGUAUUCUACUCAACUGGUUGUUAUGGAAGACAAUAAUGAUAACGAAAAUGGCAACCUAGCUCAAAAUGGAGGUUUUCUCUUGCCCAAUAUAUUUACUCUAACUAUACCACAGAUUGAUGGUGGUUCCAAUUUAUCAAUUAAAAUUCAUUGGUCUCAGAAAUUAGUAUACCGCACUGGUCAGUUCUCUUUGAAUGUGCCGUUUACCUUUCCUGAUUUUGUCAACCCUGUUGCGAAGAGAAUAUCAAAGAGAGAAAAGAUACAAAUAAAUGUGAAUGUUGCUCCUGGAAGUGAGCUUCUAUGCAAGACAAUAAGCCACCCCCUAAAGGAACUGAAGCGUCAUGCUGGGAGUAUGGGUUUCUUAUCUGAUUCCGAAGUUCUGUCAUGGUCAAAAACUGAUUUUGACUUUUCAUAUGCUGUUUCCUCAAGUCAUAUUAAUGGUGGUGUUCUUUUGGAAUCUGCAUCUUUGCAUGACUUUGAUCAAAGAGAGAUGUUCUACAUAUACCUUUCUCCUGGAGAAAUUCAGAGUAAGAAGGUAUUCAAAAAGGACAUAAUAUUCGUUGUUGACAUCAGUGGAAGCAUGCGUGGAAAGCUAAUUAAUGACACAAAGAAUGCACUAUUUUCUGCUCUCUCUAAACUCGAUCCUGAUGAUUCAUUUACUAUUAUAGCCUUUAAUGGAGAGAGUUAUCUGUUUUCGAAAUCGAUGGAAUCGGCUUCCAAGGAUGCUGUUGAAAGGGCCAUUGAGUGGAUUAACAUGAACUUCGUUGCUGGGGGUGGUACAAAUAUUUCACAUCCAUUAAGCACGGCAUUAGAGAUGCUAUCCAGUGCUCAAAGUUCAGUUCCAAUAAUUUUCCUAGUUACUGAUGGAACUGUUGAAGAUGAGAGACAUAUCUGUGCUAUGGUAAAGAAUCAUAUAAUCAAUGGAGAGUCAAUAUGCCCCCGAAUUUACACGUUUGGCUUAGGUCCAUUCUGCAACCAUUAUUUCUUGCGGAUGCUUGCUAUGAUUGGUAGGGGCCAAUAUGACGCUGCAUUGGAUUUAAAUUUGGUUGAGGCUCAGAUGUUGGCAUUGUUUGACAAAGCUUCAUCUCUCAUUCUUGCAAAUGUCAAAAUGGACAUAUUGGAUGAUCUUGAUGAACUUGAGGUAUACCCUUCCCAUAUUCCAGAUCUUUCAUCAGAGGGUCCGUUGAUUUUAUCUGGCAGAUACAAGGGAAAUUUUCCUGAAACUCUUAAAGUCAAAGGUAUCUUGGCUGAUUUCAGUAAUUUUGUAAUAGAUAUGAAGAUACAAAAGGCUAAGGACAUGCCUUUACAAAGGGUCUCUGCAAGAGAUCAAAUAGAGCAUCUUACUGCUCAAGCAUGGCUUUCAGAAAAUAAGCAAUUAGAACAGAAGGUUGCAAAAUUGAGCCUGCUGACUGGCUUCAUGUCUGAGUAUACACGUAUGAUAAUACUUGAGGAUGAUCUAAAGAAGGUCAAGGAAUCAGCUGGAACGAAAGAAGCGUCAAAAAAGAGUCAUCCUCAGAACGAGGCAAACGUCCGAGGCCAGAGAAUGAUUUUACUUCCACACUUAGGCAUCGGCUUUGGCAAUUUGACUGCAACUGCUGAAAAUACUCCUCCAGGAUCUGAAUCAAAUUUGCCAGAAGUGGCUGAAAUCUUUAAGGCGGCCACGAAUUGUUGUGAAACCUUGUUCAGUUACUGCUGUUGCAUGUGCUGUAUCCAGUGCUGUAGCCGGAUAAACAACCAAUGUGCAACUGCAUUGACUCAGCUUUGCAUUGGUCUAGGAUGCUUCGGCUGCCUCACUUGUUGUACAGAAAUAUGCUGUUCUGGAAACGAAGGCUGAAAUCUCAGUAUGUUGUAUGAUUGUUGUAUUUUACUGCAUAGAAAUUACUGUUUAUAUAGUUUUUAUUUUGGAAAUGUAUAUGAGUAAGUCAUCUGUUUUGUAUUACGGGUUACUUGUCUUGCUUGUGUGGUGUUGUAUACUUUUUCUUUGAGGAUAGUCGUGCAAGUUUAAACUUGCAAUAGAACACAUACCUAAAAAGAAGAAAGAAAAUUAUACGAAGUAUUAUC